AUCAACCCAAUCCCCCCCACUCACUCACUCCACACUCCACGGCGGAGCCGUAACCACCACCACCACAAUGACGGCGGCGGCGGCGGCGGCAUUCAACCCAAACAUGUGCUUCACCACUCCAAAACCAGACCAAGAGAACAACAACAACAACAACCUCUUAACAGAAAAACCGAAAAACAAACUCCACAAACACCCACUCUACCAAAAAACCCAAUCCAGCAUCUCCCUCCAAUUCAAAGAGAAAAUCCUCUGCCUAGAAAUCAUGGGCGUCGAUUCGGGUCGGGCCCUGACCCAAAACCCGACCCUCCACACCGCCCCGAUCCAAUCAAUCCACGCAAUCGUCACCUUCCUCCAAUCAAAAGGCAUCCAUCUCAAAGACCUCGGCAGAAUCUUCGGCAUGUGCCCUAAAAUCCUAACCUCCGACAUAAACUCCGACCUAAUCCCAAUUUUCUCCUUCCUAUCGACCGAUCUCAGAGUACCCGACUCCAAUUUCAGAAAAGUCAUCAACAAAUGCCCUAGAUUCCUAAUCUCCGACGCCGCCGAUCAGCUCAAACCCGCCCUAACCUAUCUCCACAGGCUAGGCUUCACCGAUCUGCACGCGCUCGCGUACCAGGACCCCAUUUUGCUCGUCUCCAGCGUGGAGAAAACUCUGAUCCCGAAAUUGGAGCAUCUCUCCAGCAUGGGGUUCUCGAAAUCCGACGCGGUGGCGAUGGUUCUCCGGUGCCCGGCGCUGUUCACGUUCAGCGUUGAGAAUAAUUUCAAGCCGAAAUUCGAGUAUUUCAAUGAUGAAAUGAAGGGGAAAUUGGAGGAGCUGAAGGAAUUUCCUCAGUAUUUCGCCUUCAGUUUGGAGAAGAGGAUUAAGCCGCGGCAUUUGGAGGUUGUACAUACCGGAGUAAAGGUUGCACUUCCGGCGAUGCUUAAAACCACCGAUGAAGAAUUCAGGGUAUUGUUAAAACAGGGGAGUGGAUAAUAAGCAGCCAAUCUCUGUUUCUUUUACUAUUUUUUAUUUAUUUAUUUUUAAUGCAAUGUAAAUUGUGUAAUUAGUGGUUAAUCAACUUGGCUUUGUGUAGUAAUUAAUAAUUAUCUGUUUUUAUCUUCCUCA